CAGUUGUUUUCAAUAGUUUGUUUUUCCCCUUGUUGGAGACAACGACAAUUUCGCUCAAAUUGAACCACCGCCAACAGUCCCUACAAAGUUUGGGUGACCUCCUUUCGCCUCCUGAAAUCCUUGCUCAGCUUUCUGUCCUGCAAAAACCGUUAUGGCUCAACCACAGCAAGUCAAUAUCACCGAUCUCGAUCUUCCUUCACUGCAACAAGUGAAAGUGCAAUUAGAAGAGGAAGUGUCCCACUUGACGCAAUCCUACUCUCGACUCAAAGGUGCUCAAUCGCGCUUCAUCGACUGUCGUGAAAGUGUCGAUGCCCUGAAAGGAGAAAAACCUGAAGAUAAAACGAUCCUUGUGCCCCUCACAUCAUCUCUCUAUGUUCCCGGAAAGCUGAGUAACGUUGAGAAAGUCAUUGUGGAUAUUGGUACCGGUUAUUAUGUGGAAAAGUCAGUCGAGGAUGCUUCCAAGUUUUACGACAACAAGACCGAAUUCGUAAAGAAGAAUUUGGAGAAAUUGCAAGAAUCCAUCACCAGCAAACAAAGCACUUUAAGAGCCAUUAUCAAUGUCAUGCAGGAAAAGAUGCAGCAGCAAGAUCCAUCUGCAACGAAAUAGACCAUUCAUUCACUAGCAAAAAAAAAAAAAUACAAUUAUAAAAAAUCCAUUGCGGGCUUUUUUUAUCACGGAUUUUUUUUUUUUUUGUGCCAUACAAUUAAACACCCUUAUUUGGGUGGCCUCUUCUUCACCCUUUCCGUUCCU